AUGGCGUCGGGGUCUGGAUGGCAACCUCCGUAUAGUAGCAGCAGCAGCAGCAGCAGUAGUACCUCCACCUCGACCAGCAAGUACAUCCAGUCUUCAAGCUCCACAAACAUGUUUUACGACGGCAGCUUGGCGUUGGAAUAUACUCAAGACCUGCAUCUGAAAAUGAGCAAGAAGAUAGCGCAGCUGACCAAGGUAAUUUAUGCGCUGAACACCAAGAACGAUGAACACGAGGAGGAAAUCGAAUCGCUCAAAGAGGCCCAUGAAGACGAGGUGCAGCACAUCGUGACAGAGACGCGGGAUAAGAUCAUGCAGUACAAGAGCAAGAUGGCGGACGAGGCGGACCUUAGGAGGAGGCUGGCCAGUCUAGAGGAAUCUGUGGAGCUGCACGAGCACAUGAAGAGACAGGCUCUGGCGGAGUUUGAGAUGUACCGGCAGCGCAUGGAGGACUCCCAGCUCUGCACCGAAGCACAGCACACACAGCGAGUGGUGUCCAUGAGCAGAGAGGUGGAGGAGAUGCGUCGGGAUUUUGAGGAGAAGCUGCGCUCGUUCAGCCAGGCCCAGGCGCAGUUCGAGGCCGACAAGAGGAGGGCGCUAGAGGACCUGAGGGCCACACACAGACAGGAAGUGGAGGAACUCAUCAACAAACACCAGGACCAGAGUGCGUCCUCCUCUGAAGACCAGGAGAGACUGGCUGAACUGCACAGACAGGAGGUGGAUUCGCUGAUGGAGCGCGUGGAGGAGCUGUCGAAGGAUAAGGUCCGUUUGGUGGAGGAGUACGAGGCUAAACUGGGCAAAGCUCAGGAGUACUACGAGAGAGAGCUGGAGGCCAUGAGACGAACACACCAACUCACCACAGAGAACCUGCUGGCCUGGAAGAGGACCGAGGUGGAGCUGCGUAAGGAGUUCCAGGCUCAGGAGGCUGCUCUGCAGAGAUCUCUGUCCAAACUGAGGAGUGAGCUGCAGAAAGCCCAAGAGGAGGCUCGAGAGAACAGGGACAAAACCAACCGCCUACAGACUUCACUGGCCAACGCAGAGGGCACUAUCAAGAAUCUGCACAAACAGCUGGAGGAGGCCAUUCAGGACGGAGAGAUCUGGGUGAUGCAGCUCAAAGACACAGAGUACGAACUGGAAGUGAGUCGAGAGAGAGUACAGCAACAAGCUACCGAAAUACUACACAAAGCAGGUCAGAUUGGGUCUCUUCAGGCCACACAAAUGUCCCACGAAGCCACGAUCCGAAACCUGGAUCAGGAGCAGAGUCGCCUGAAGGAGAAGAUCCGGAAUCUGGAGGGAGAGAGAGAGGCUCUACUCAACCAGAGCCAAGCAGCCAGCGAGCAGCACAAACAGCAAGUGCACAAACUCGAACAGUCUCUUCGUGAGGAGCACCAGGGCCAUGAGAAGGAGCUGACGAGGCUGAGAGCUCACUUUGAGGAUGAGACACGCAGGUUUAAAGACGCCCAGGUGAGAGCGCUAGAGGACCUGGAGGAGAAGCACCGCAGACUGAGGGAGGACGCACAACAGGAGAAGGAGGAGGAGAAACAACUGCUCAUCAAGAAAAUGAGUCAGGAGUUUGAGAUUAAGCGGUUGUCGUUGGAGGAGCAGAGAGACAGACUUCAACAACAGCUGGAUAAUCUAAAGGAGGAACUGUCGGCUAAACUCAACAUGGCCAAUCAGGAGGUGUCUCAUCUACAGGAGAUUGUGCGAGAGGGGGAGCAGAACCUGAACUCAGCUCAAACCCAAAUUUCCUGUUUAAAAGAAACUCAAGAAAAACUGAGAAUCGAACUGGACGCGACGAGAGCCAGAGUCCGAGAGACGAGCAACCUCCUCACUGACCUCCAGGAGGAGAUAGAGACACAGAAGCAGCAGCACGAGGCCAGAGUCAUGUCCAUCAGAACAGAGGAGAAACAGAAGAUGGACAAAAUGGCCGACGACCUGGACCAGAAGUGGAGAGACGCGCUCAGGGAGGAGGUGCGUCUGCUCAAAGAUGAGUUGAAUGAGGAGUAUGAGGCGGACAAACAGGCGGCUCUGAACCAGCUCUCACAACAGAAAGAACUGGAGCUGAUGGCAGCCAGAGAGUCCUGGCAACGCAAAGUGGAGGACCUACUGGAGCAGAUCUCAUUGCUGAAGCAGUCCCUCGAGCUCCAGUUGUCUCAGUCUCAGGCCGCGCUGCAGCAGCUGCAAUCUCAGUUCAGCCAGGAGAGGGAGCUCCUCACACAGCAGCUCAAAGAGAUGCAGAGGGAGCACCAGAGGAGAGAGCAUCGUUUACAGGAGGCUCACUGCUGCGCCCUCAGUACAAUGGAGGAGGCCCGACAGCACCAGAUCCGGGCUUUGGAGGAGCGUCUGAAGCAGGAGCAGCGGGAGGAGGUGCACGCUCUGAAGGAGGCCCAUAGACGGACUCUUGACAUCCUGAGACAACAGUCCGACCAGGAGCUGCAGACGCUCCGGUUUGAGCUAGAGGAUGAGGGAAAGGCCAAACUCGCAUCUCUUCGCGCCGAGUUGAACCACAUUCACGCGACGGCGAUCGAACAUUUAAAACAGAUUCACCUCAAAGAAAACACAGCGGCCAAACGCGAGCUGGAGAAGGCCAUCGAGCACAGCAGACAACAGGAGCAGGAGCUUUUGAUGCGCAUCUCUGAGCUCCAGUCUGAGGUGUGUUCCCGUAGCAACCGCAUCACAGACCUGGACCACGAGAUCCACUCCCUGAACGAGACCAUCGACACUUUGACCCGAGAACUGGAGCACAAAGGCAAAGAGGUGCUGAGAGUGCGAAGUGAAGCCAACCACCAGAUCAGAGCUCAUGAGCAGGACCUGUCAAAGAGACACGAGCGUGACCUGGGUGAAAUAAGCGCCGCCCACCACCGGGAGGCGCAGUGCAUGUUAGCCGACUUCAACAAGGCUCAAGAACUGCUUAAAGACAAGAUCUCCGCUCUACAAAUACUUUUGGAGGGGACAGAGGAGAAGUUGAGGAACAGGGAGAGCAGACCUGAAGACCUCCACGUGAUCGCAGAGCUCCGAGAGAUGGUGACGGAGAGAGAGGCGCUGGUCAAGAAACUAGUGGAUGAUAAGAAGUUCUACCAGUUGGAGUUGGUGAACAGAGAAACAGGAUUUGGGAAAGUGUUUAAUGCGAGCGCUAACGUCGGAGUGAUCAACCCUCUGAUCAAGGUGAACGGAGGACAGCAGUACACUAAGCUAAACUCCAUCGUCCAAUCAGAGCAGCGCCUCAGCCUCUCUAGCCAAUCAGCUCUGGCCUUCUGUAACGCGCAGGCGGGACAGGAAGUGCGCUGGUCCCUGCCGCGAAUCAGGAAGCGCCGUCCUCUCUCCAUCAACGUCACGCCAUUUCCUGUCUCCGCCCACCCUCAUCCAACUUCACUCAGCAUCAGUCUGCCCCUGGAGGACUGCAAAAGCCUUCCUGAAGCUAAUGAUGCUAACAGCGUGAAGUCCGAGCUCCUGGCCCUGGAACCGGUCCGGACCAGUCCAAACCAGCUCGACUCCGCCUACUUCACCUUCUGA